UUGUUGAGAAGUCAGAGUGCGCGGAUCGCUCGAAAGGCGAAUUGAAAUCGAAAUCUGUUUGUUAGUUUGUUUGUUGUUGGAGCCUGUGUUAAGUGUGGAGCGCAACAAUUGGAAGAAGGCGAUAAUCGCAGCAAGUGAAGAGUGCAGAACAGUUGAGAAACUGUGGAGACAUAAAGCGAAGCAAGGGAAGAUAUAAGAAGCGAUAAGUUUGUAAAGGUGACAUUUGGCCACAUCAGGCCAGACUCCAUAAAACAUAACUGCUUGCACCAGAGGCAAACGAGAUGGGCAAACCACAAUACUCACUAGGCUUCAAUGAGCUCAAGACGAAGGAGUUGCGGCUGUGGCAGUCGCUGAUUGGGGAGUUCGUUGGCAACCUGAUACUCAAUUUCUUUGCUUGCGGCGCCUGCACGCAGCCCGAGAAUGGUCUUUUCAAGGCUCUGGCAUUUGGCUUGGGUGUUUUUAUGGCCAUUACUAUCGUGGGACACCUCAGCGGCGGGCACGUAAAUCCGGCAGUUACCAUUGGCAUGCUGGUAGCUGGACGUGUCAGCUUGUUGCGUGCCUUGUUGUACAUUGUGUUCCAAUGUUUGGGCGCCAUUGCGGGCACGGCAGCCGUCAGAACACUCAUCGAUGAGGAUUACUACAAUGGCUUGGGACACACUUCCUUGGCAAGCAACAUCACUGAGCUGCAGGGGCUGGGCAUUGAAUUCUUCCUGGGCCUGGUGCUGGUGCUGACCGUCUUCGGUGCCUGUGAUCCCAACAAGCCAGACUCCCGCUUCACUGCCCCCCUGGCUAUCGGCAUGGCUGUUGCUCUGGGGCACUUGGGCACCAUCCGCUACACUGGCGCCAGUAUGAAUCCAGCACGAACGGUAGGCACAGCCUUCGCCACCGAUAACUGGGAAUCGCACUGGGUGUACUGGGCUGGACCAAUUCUCGGGGGCGUGGCGGCUGCUUUGAUUUACACUCAGGUGCUGGAGGCGAAGGCGCCACCAAAACCGAAUGAAGCGGCCGAGAAGUAUCGCACACAUGCCGACGAACGUGAGGUGAGAGUCAUAUGCGCUUGGAACGACAAAUAUUUCUAUUGAAUCCAGUGCCACACGCGCCACACUAAGUUCCCAUUCUACGCAAACUGGAAGGCGCACGCGACUAUGCUUAAGUAAUUUUAAGCACCAGCCGGUGUAUCCGUAAUUGCCAGCAGCCUUCCCCAUCGAUAGCCAUCCGGAGGAGUGGCGGGCCAUCUCGAAUCUGAGAGGAAUGCUCUUAAAUAAAUAUAUGUAUUUUAUGUCUCGUAUUUAUCGUAAAUUAUGCUGCGUACUCUUUGUUAAUAUUAUGUAUGUAUGUACUAUAUUUAUGUAUUUAUUUUUGAGAGAAAUUGUACACUAAUUGUAAUAUAAGCCUUUCUGAAACCUU